GCCAUGACAUUGGGUUCAGUUCUCACACGUACCACAUUUAUGGUAUAUCUAGGUCUAUUGAAUGUCGUGAAAGAAAUCCAACUUGACCACGUGGACUUCAUCACGAAUGUGGAAGAUCCUGUGCCAUACUUCAACUACUCGUUAGAUAUGGUGACCCAUAGCUUGUUGAUAAGGACAGAAAGUGGUCCCGUGGUGAAUAUCAGGCUAUGCUACCGCAAGAAGUCUGGUCCAAUAUGUACGUCACUUACUCCUCCAGUUGAACAUCAGAUGAAUACUACUCAUUCCCUUUUUACUAAUAUCAGUUUUCCAUACCUUCUGCCAUGUUUGUGCAUAGAGGUAUAUUACGAUCACCAUGAUGCUAAGAGAAAUAUCACAUGUCCCUUUGAGCAUCGGACUCAAGAUGGACUUCUGGAUGUCUUGUCCUCCAGUGAAAUAAGAGUUUAUAAUGAUUCUAAACUGGUAUGGCAUCCCAUCUGUCCUGCUGAACUUCCCUCGGCAAGACUCUGCUGGAAUGGCAGUGCUCCUCCGGCUGGCUGUGCAGUUGUGCCUAACGCCACACUACAAGUAGUUGGUCUGAACUAUGAUGUGUCUGAUGUGGACAGGCACCCACAAAUGUGUGUUCAGUUUUCUUUGAAUAACAGUCACUAUGUCCACUGCCCCUUCAAGUUUGGUCAUGUCUAUGACUGGAAAGUAACCAAUUUAGCAGUAUUUGCUGGACAAAUGCGGGCAUCGAUUACAUCCACAAUUCCAGCAUCUUUUGCAGGCCAGCUGUGUGCCCAUUUUGUAGAAGAGUGUGUUACUAUAGGAGAUGAACACUAUAUCAGCACGGUGGGGGGCAACAACCCAGCGGAGCUGGUGCUACCAUUUCCCUCUCCUCCUGUUGGGUCCUGUGUACAAGUGUGGAGAUAUGAACCUCUUCUCCGUGGGAGAAGAACAUUUUGCCUGGAUGACCCACAGAUACACAAAAGAUGGGGACUAAUUAUUGGGGCAACACUUGCUUUCCUGCUUACUUUAGUCGUCUCGGGAAAUUGUGCCUGGUACCUGUUUUUGAAAAGAUUAUCAGAUUCUGUUUCCAGUAGACCUGUUUUGCUAAUAAGCUCCUCAGAUGAGGCGAGCCAUGUCUCGGCAGUGUUAGCGCUCGCCUCAGGCCUAGAGGCGGAGUUGCGCUGCAGCGUGAGGCUGGCUCUGUGGGACCACUGUGCCUCACAGGACUCGGUGGCUCAUCUGGGGCCCGUCCCCUGGCUCCACACACAGUGGCAAGCUGUGUUGCAGAACGGAGGCGUGAUACUAAUCGCUUGGAGCGCCAGUGUUUCUGAUGCCUACAGAUUUACAGGAGAACGUGGAGACACAAAUGACGGGAGGGAAAAAAACAGACAUGAAAAUUUAGACUAUGAACAUGUGCAAUUUCCGAGUCUAGACUGUGAUGAAAACCAUGAGACAUGUCUGCAGAGAUAUAGAGAAAAAUGUGAAGAGAAGACUUCAGUGACUGCUCAAGUGCUUGUUGCUACUCUUUCAUGUCUUCAAGCUGCACAGCAGUCCGGGCUCCAGAGUGAAAAUGUAAUCUUACUUCGUUUUCAGAGAAAGGGCUGUAGUAACAGUGAAAGCAAUGGGGAUUUUCCAGCUGUGCUACAUACUUUGCCGACAUAUUAUUUGCCACAGAACAUCCCUAAACUUGUUUUAGAGCUGAGUAUGGGCCCCAAUAAAAGGAAUGUUCAAAAUCAAGGACAAGAAGGUGAGAGCAAGAAGUUUAGUGGCUGGUUGUGGCUGGCUGGGCCUUGUUGGGCCCAUCACGUGUCAUGUGGACUUGCACAAAGAUUGCAGAACUGUCUCCAGUAAGGCUGAGUUCCAGAGCGGAGUGAACCCUCCCUGAACUUCCGGCGAAUUUGGAUUUCACCCGGCAGCUCAGGCUGGAAACAAGCACAUCUACCUCCUCUGUUCCCUGCCAGAACCUUUGGCUCCAAUCAGAAACGAGCUUAUCUAAAAGACGCACCGGAUCGUUGGUCUGAUUGUUUGAAGGACUACCCAAGCGUACAUUUGAGUCAUUUGAGCGAUGCCCAUUGAUCACACCUCUUGUGCAGUAGAAACAAAGCACAGCCUCCCCAUACUAAUGUUCAAUCUCAAAAGAUUGAGCUUAGUCUGGUGAUAGCCAGACUAGCUGAGUUCCAGAGCGGAGUGAAUAUAGGCGAUGAUUUGUAUGCCCUAAAUACAUCAGUGCUACAGUACAGGACACAGGACACACUCUUAAGAGCUGUUCGAUGAAUUGUUUAUACUUAAAGCUUUACUUAACAAAGACAGCAUGACUUUUUUUUUUUUUUUUUUUAAAUAUGCCACUGAAUGGGGUUUUAUAAUACACAAAUGUAAUAUUACAGAUAAUGUAAUGACAACAGCUGUAAAUUACCAAGUUACUUUUGGCAAUUUCCAGUUCUCAGACAAUAAACA